AACCCAGUAGAGAUUUUAACGUGUCUUUGAAAACAUAGGGCACAUGUAAAUGCACAUAUAUAUUUAACAGAUGCGUAUUUUUGUCUUGCUUUGAAAAACAAAAUCGCAAAAAAUGGAUAAACUACAUAUUCUGACCAUUGUUUUAGUGAGUUGUGGAAUAGCCUCUAUGACUGUGUCACUGGGUACUGGCAUCAAGAGUCUGCUAGAAGGCAACUGGAUUUACUAUGCUUACUCUACCACUGUCUCCACCACCUACCUGGGUAAUCCUGCCACAGUGGUGGCAGUGGCUACCGCCAAUAUUGGUCUAUACACCACUUGUUAUAACAUCGACACCACUACCACUGUGACCACUUUUCUCGGUACUUCUACCACUUCCCUCAACACCAACGCCUGUGUAGACUCGGACUCCACCGGAUAUAUCAGCGCAGAUACAGUACAAUUGAUACAGAAGGUGGCCAUAGCCGCGGCGGUGAUGAUUGGCCUGUCCCUGUUGACAGGCUUCCCAGUGCUGGUCCUGGUCAUCAUCAAGAAGCUCCCCAAACCCAUCUGUUUCCUCUCUUUGGCCCCCGCCAUACUGGCCUUCGUGGCAACUAUGAUGCUUCUGGCCGCCGUGUUGGUGCUGAAUGACCAGCUGAUCAGCGGGAUGUCUAUGGGCGAUACCGCCAAACUGGGCUACGUCGCCACCGUUUUCGCCUUCCUGUCGGCGGCUGUCUACACGACGGCUGCCGUCCUCGUCAUCAAACACGCCCUGGCUUCCGCCAAGACGUCCCAAUCGCCGUCGACCAAUCAAAAGGCCGAGAUCACAGAAAUGGCAAUGGAGAGCAACAAAGAGAAGAUUUAAAAUUGUUAUUCACGCGCAGUUUUCAUGGAGCAAGAUUUUUUAUUGUCUUUAGAAUAGGAUAUAACUUAAUGUUGAUGAGAUAGCAGCCUCCAUUGUUUACAAACUUACCUAUUUGAUAUACAAAUUUUGACAUACCUUAUAAUAAGGUCUGCAUCUGAAUGUAGCAACGAUAAUAUAUUUCAUUUAUGUACAUGUGUCAUCAUUAUCAUUGUGUUUUAAAUUGAUUUGAAAAAUGAUUUCUGUGAAAUAAACCAUUUAUGAUUUAUGAAAAACCUUUUACAUACAACUAAUUCACAUCAAAACAGAUUGACAGUGUGGGUUAAAAAGACAUGUGUUGUAAACUUUUCCUUUAAAUUGUAUUUUCUUUAGAAAAAAUGGUGAAGGGUUAUACCCUCAUCCUCGAGUAAAGGGCCUUGCAAACAUUGUAAACUUCAUUUUCUGUUAUCGUCUAUAAAAUCUCUAAAGACAACGAAGUGAUAACAGGAUUAAUGUUGAAUUCAAGUUGAAUUUUUUUUUUUUACCAACCAAAAAUAAACAAUAAAAUGAG